GCCACCGCGCGGAGCUGCGGCGGGAGGCGAUGGCUGCGGGCUCAGAGCCCGAGUUUUACCUGAGGUGGAAACAUUGUGAGGUGCCUGGUGUUAAGACUUUAUGCAACUUAACAGAACUUCUGAACAAAGUUCAGGAAGAGCACAGAGGGGACAUCUCUCUUUACACCUCUGGACACCUGAAUCCCAACAAGCUCUACAGGCCUCCCAAGAUGACCCUGUGUCACUGGCCCAAUGCCACCAGGCCAAAGCAGGAGAAGAUCUUUAGAGUGGAAAAGCCAUCUGGGAGGGAGAUGGCAAAGAUGAAAGAUACUUUGGCUUAUUUCACCAUCCCCACAGCUGUGGGUCCAAACAAUGCCCAGGACACUCCACUCUUCAGGUAUCUGAGCCCCCUGGGACACACCUCCCACAUGUCAGAAGAGCCCCUCUUUGCAAGGAAGGCUCCAGGAGAAGAGGAUUCUCCUGAAUGGUGGAGGAGAGAAGAGUUGAGGCUGCCUGAGACAAAAGCGUUAAAGCAUGAACCAGCAGCAUCCUAUUUGGGGGACAUAACAAAGGCAGACAAGUACAGGAAGUUCCUGUGCUUCCAGAAGGAAGUCCUUGCAAAGCAAGAUCUCCUGAAGAAUGACUUCACCGGGAGCAAGUCAGCGAAAUGCCACCAAGAGAAGUUGGAACAGGAGCUCCGGAAAGCAUGCGAGUGCGACCCUCAGCACUUCAGCAGAUUGCAGGUCUUCAGAGAAGUCUUUGAAGAUAUUUGCAAUAGUUCUCUGACAUUCGGUGAUAUACUAAAAGAAAUUAAGGAUGAAUAUGAACUCUACAUGGCAAUACUUCUGGAGUCCCAGCCCACAGAAGAAUAUAAGGCCUUGCUGGCUCACAUCAGGAGCCUGGAGAGGAGGCGGGUGAAGACAGCAGACAUCAGCCAGGCCAAGGAGGAGCUGAGGGCGCUCGUGACGGCCACCAAAGCAGCCCUGGAACGUAACGACAGGCUCAGAAGUGAGUUAGAGAGGGAGAAAAUGCUGCUGCGAUCUGCUAAGAAAAAAUCAGAAUCAUCUGAGAAAAAUGCAAUGGACGAGAAGCACCUUACUCUAAUCGAAAAGGUUGAGAAGAAGAGGUGUGAAAUACUUAAUGAAUGGGAUAAACUUCAAGCUCUUGAAAGAGAAAUUAAAACCACUCUCGUUCAUACUGGAAUUUUGCACAUCACUGAGAAUAGGAUUAAAAGCAUAGAGACUGAAGCCGUAAAGUUGGACACAGCAAAUAGAAUUUUAAAGCAGAAAAUAAAUAUGAUUGAAAACCGAGUGAAGCAGUGCAUGAGGAAGAGCAGGAUGAGCGAGGAGGAGCAGCGGAACCUUUGGGAAUUUAUUAACAACUUUGUAAAACUAAAAGAAACAGAGUAACUCCAAAGUGACUGGAAAAAUGACCUAUGAGAAUUCACAACCAUCCUGUAGAUGACAUGGAUGUUUGCAGAUGCAUAAAUUAAUGAAGACACAUUUCAUUUCGUCGGUCUUAAUCUCUAAUAAAAUUCAAAUGGUGUAUGUAUCCUGUUCAAGAUACUGCAAUAAAUCCAUGUAUG